UUUCUUGAUUUGGUUUUUUCUUAAAUCUUAUGAAGAUCUUCUAGAAGGAGGAGGUUCUAAUAGUCGUCUUUCUUCUGACUUCGCCGAAUGAAAUCAUCUCUGUGUCUAUCUCCGGCGAAGUAAAAACCCUAAAUCUUCCUUCUUAAUUUCGCCGCCGAUUUAAACUAUGAAGGUUUUCCAUCUUGACCGUGGAAACACUCUCUCUGUCUCCCUCUUCUCCGAUGUCACCAACUCCAAGGAGCUCUUGACUUCGAUACUAGAUGGAAGUUUGAAGCUUGAAGUCUCAUUUCUCAAUGCAUUACUUAUUCCAGACGUUUUUCCUCUAUUGGCUGCUGCUCAGAAAGCACUUGUCUCCAAUUCACGCGGUUCCUUAUCAACUCGAACUCUUCAUUCUGAGCUCGUUUACAAUUACUCUGGAUCUAAGCAUAUCACAGAAUCAUUGAAACGAUGUGGGAUUUCUGAAACUUCUACUUACAUUCUAGCUGCCCGGUUCAAUGCUUCUCCUGUCGAGAUGGAAGAGGUAGCGAAAUUGAUCAACGGGAAGGAAAUCGAUUUAGAGGAAUUGAAGACACAAGCAAAUCAAGCCAAUAUACUAAAGCAUUACAAGAUAACUAGCCAAGAACUCGGAGUUUCCUCUCUCGGAGAUGCGAUUGUUUGUCGGAUCGCUGCACGCGACGCAUUGUAAAAGAAGAGAUGUCUCUUUCUUUCUUUCUUUUGUCCCCAAUUAUAGUUUUCUCCUUUACAUACAAAUUUGACUCUUUGUUUGUAAUUUCACUCCUUUAUUUACUCUCCUCAGAUAAAUUUAGCUCAGUUCUUUUU